GAGGCGCUGGCUUUGGAGGUGCGAAGCAGUGGCUAGUCGCCGGGGGACGGAGGGCAGUGCCCUGCCGCCCCGCUGUUUGCCUUGGCCCCCGUGCAGCCGGCCGAGGGCCCUUGGAGGCUUUCAUCCCCCGCCCGGCUCUUGGCCGCGCUCGGCAAACAGAGCAUGAGUGGCACCUUGGCAGCCGAAGCUUCCCAAGCCUCUUCCCCGCUCCACUGCCCCUAUAAAUCCCUCGGCUCCGGCUGGCGGAGGGACAGGACCCGCGAGCGAGGACGAGAUGGACGACAGCUCCAAGGAGGCGCUGAUGGAGGAGGCCCCUCCGAGGUACACGGCGUCCCCCCGCCUGCCCUGCAUCCCCCACCAGCUCAAGUGCCUCCUCAUCGUGGUGGUGGUGGUCGUGCUGCUGGUGGUGGUUGUCGUCGGCUUCCUCCUGCUGGGGCUGCACAUCACCGAGACGCACGCCGAGACGGUUUUGCGAAUGACCAUCCAAGGCCUGGAUGGAGACGGGCCCCCCCAGCACCUCGCCAUGAGCAAGAAAGAAAGGAUCGGGACGUUCGCGGUGAAGGACGGGCUGAACUCCUCCGCCAUGGUCAUCUACGACUACAGCAAGCUGCUGAUCAGCUACAGAUCCUGGCUGCAGCAAGCCUGCUACGUCACCCGCAUGGACAAGGACAACAUCCAGGGGCUGGACGCCGUCACCGCGGCCUUCCGGCGGCGGCAGGCUGAGAGGCAGGAGGCCAGGGCCACUGCCGAGCCCCUGGCCGACCGCUCCGUCCUGGGUACCACCGUCAACGUCCUCUGCAGCACCGUCCCCGUCUACUGGGCCUAGCGCAGGUGGGACGCGGCAAGACAGCGCCCGGACUUCUCUGCUCCUCCACGGCCCCGUCCCGUGCGCGGCGGCGGCGCGGCUGGCUCGGCAAUGCCGCGCGCUCGGCAGCGCUUCGGCACCGCGGGCUUUUGGCAGCACUUGCAAUAAAUGAGCGGGUUUUGCUUUGAGUUGCA